UUAUUGAUCACUCCUUUUGACCUUUCGUUAGCAAAAAAAUGUAUCUUCUCCCAAAAGUUUGAGGUACAUGUUAUUAACAAACUCCCUCUUAAUUCUCCAUCACUGCAAGUUCACUGUGCGUCGAAAAAAGAACUUGGAAAGAAAUAUCUUGCCAUAGACGAAGACUUUAAUUGGUCGUUUUGCGAGUCAUUUCUCGAUCGAGCUUUUCGUUACAGUCAUUUUUGGUGGGAAUCAAAGGACAAGGUUUUUAACGUAUUUGAUGAUCCAUACUAUUGUGUCAAACAUGGAAAAAAUGUAAAUUAUCUAAAGUACUGUAAAUGGGAGGUGAGGCCAGAUGGUUUUUAUUUGGAACAAUAUAAUGCUAGUAAUAGUACAUAUUAUAUGGAUCGCUAUUAUGAGUGGUCUUAGGGAAUAGAAUGUGUGUGUUUGUAUGUAUUCUUGUUUAAAAAAAGUAAGGAGGAGAUAUUAAACUAAAUCUUAGUGCGACUUUCUUUCUUA